AUGAGCUUCCUUCGCCCCAUGUCGAUGCUGCGUUCGGCAGCUCUACGACCCGCACUUUCGGCGGCCCCCCGUGCCCGUAUACAAGUCCGCUUCGCGACCUCAGAUUACGGUUCUGGUAAGGGCAACCCAGCUGGAGAGUCACCGGAGAAGCAGGGCCAGAACCCCAGCGAGAACCUCGAGCAUCCCGGCCCCGCGCCGCCCAAGGUUGCCCAAGGCCAGUCUUCGUCGUCGCCAAACAAGGACGGCAACUCAAACCAGAAUGAGUCUCCCAAGCCCACAUCAGAGUCGCCGGCUCCUUCAUCAAACAAGUCUGGCAAGCGCGAGUUCUCGACAUUUGCACGCCAGAUGAAGGACAGCAAAGAGCCAGCCGUCAAGCAGGGUCAAGACAACAAGCCCAGCCCCAACGAAGUCAAAGGUGCGAAACCCAAAAUUCUCAACGAAAACCCUCCUGCACCCGAAGAAGAGGGCGAGGAUGUCAAGCAACACAACAAAGACAUGGAUAACCGGGCGGAACAGGCGCAUGAGAAGGUCGACAACGAGGAAGCAGAGAAGGACAAGGUGCCUGCCAGCUUCUGGAAAGGCGAAGGUGGACGAAGUGGAUCUGAAGGCCCGCACAUCAUGAGGUUCUCCAUUACGUCCACUCUCGUGGCAUCGCUUGCUGCUACAGCAACGGCCAACAGCUGGUUUGGAAGCGCCGUCUACGACAAGUGGCAUGAGACGGAGCUUGAGCGCUGGCUGAGCGACCACGGCGUUCCCCACCCCAGCCCCUCUGACCGCAAGAACCUCCAGUCGACGGUCAAGGCCAACUGGAACGACAAGGUUGUGACUCCCUACACCAGCUGGGAUGCACAGACUCUCCAGAACUACCUGACGCUCAAGGGCCAGCAGGCCAAGAAGGGCACUGAGAAGGAUGCCAAGAGCCUCGCUGAGCAGGUCAAGGUCUACUGGACUGAGACUGAGGACUCGGCGAACCAGGCCUAUGGUAGCAUCAAGGACUGGAUCUUCGAUUCUUGGUCGGACUCCCAGCUCAAGGCUUUUGCCGACAAGCACGGCAUCCCCGUCCCCCAGCCCCGCCAGCGUGACUCUCUUCUCGCAGCCGUCCGUGACAACUACCAGUCCGCAGCCGAGAAGGCCAAGGAGACUGCCAACUACCCCGGUGACUGGCUCUACGCUUCCUGGUCUGACUCUGACCUCAAGGCUUGGUUCGACGAGCGCGGUUACAACGUUCCCCAGCCCAGCACCCGCGACUCGAUGAUUGCUGCUCUCCGCCGUCAGUCUCGUCUUGCUAGCCAGCAAUCCCAGAGUGCCUACGCUUCCGUUUCUUCCGCUGCUGCCAACGCUCAGCAGAGCCUCAGUGACGCCCUUCUUGACUCUUGGUCUGACAGCCAGAUCAAGGAGUGGGCUGACAAGAACGGCAUCAAGGUUCCCCAGGGUUCCAAGCGUAACGAGCUCAUCGCUCUUGCCCGCAAGCACCGCGCUCGUCUCUACGGCGACAGCGCUUCUGCCUCUGCCGAAUCUGUUUCUGCUUCUGGUGCUUCCGCUUAUGGUGCCGCUACCUCCAAGGCCGGCAACCAGUACGCUGCUGCCACCGGUGGAUUUGCUUACUACACCGACUUGAUCAAGCAACAGAUUGGUCUCGCUGAGGCUAGCGUUGCCUCCGCUACUGAUGCUGCCGGAUCCAGCGCCAGCUCCCUUACUGGCGCUGCUGCCAAGGCUGCUUCCUCAUCCUCGUCCUCUAUCUCUAAGUCGGCUGCUAGCGCCAACGCCGCUGCCUCCUCAUCUGCUUCCAGCGCUUCCUCUGUUGCCUCAAAGUCUGCCCAGAGCGGAUACGAUGCUGCUGCCGCUAGCGCCAGCUCCGCCUCUGCCUCUGCUAAGCAGGAGUUACUUCAAUUUACUACAUACAUCAACGUACACAUAUACCUAAUCUUAUAUCUACCAUUCGCGCUUCGCACAUACGCCAAAAUGAAGACCUUCACCCUCCUUUGCCUUUUCGCCUCCGCCAUCGCAGCUCCAGCUCCCCAAGCCUCUGCCACCACCAACUGCGCCGCCAUCCAAACCAAGCUCGAGCAAGGCAUCCAAGCCAACCUCGACAUUCAAGCCCAAGAGCUAAAAGGCGUGUACGCCCUAAAACUUCAAGGCGGAACCGCCGGCUUCAACGCCACCCAAACCUCCGUUCUUGCAAUCCAACAACGCGGCGUCGACAUCCGCGCCAACAACCAGAAACUUGCCAAGGAGAUCAACAGCCCAGCUGCUGAUGGACUAGCAAUUGUAGCUGGUGCGCAGACCAAGGAGAUUGAUCAGGUCAAGAGUUUGAAGGGUAAUGCAGCGGUGGAUGGAGAGACGAUCAAGAUGUUGGUGCAGGAGGUCAUGGAUGGGACGAUGCAGAAUCAGAAGAACUUACAGGCGGCAAAGGGUCAGGUUUGUGCGAAGUAG